ACAUUAUCGUAAGGUUCCAUUCACUAGAGAGAUAGAGAAAGAAUACGCUGUUAUCAAUAUCAAUCCGUCUAUAAUUCCUACAUUCUUCCCGGCUUUAAGAAUAUUUGAUUAUAAUACAACCGAGCUGACAAAUGAAGAUUAUGAAGUCAAUUUAGCGGAAAAAUCUAAAAAAGAUUAUUUAAAUUCCCCUGCACACGUAAACACAUUUUUGACGCCCUUGGGUUAUACACAAUAUUUCAUGAAUCUCACUCAUGCGAAUUUAUAUCCAAACAUUACACCAGAAUACAUAAUCGAAUAUACGACAUGGAAUGACUAUAACAUGAACGAUUUAACAGUUCCAAGUUGGAUUCAACUAGCACGAAGAAUUGUAAAUCAUGGAUUCAGGAGUAGUUUAUGGAAAAGAAUUCAAGAUCAUUUAAUGGUAGGAACGAGAUCCCUGAUUAGAGAAAAGAAUAAGAGACAUUAUCAAAAUGUAGAUUCAAAUGAUCGUGCAAAAGUUGUCGGUGACGCGUUAUGCGUUAUGAAACAUACUAACUAUACUGGAGCAUCAUGGGAUCUUAAGAUGACGAUAUGCU